UCAGCUGUUUAAUCUAUGGAAUUGGCAGUCAUUUUUAAUUUCAGAAGGUUGUCUCACGAAAAUUUCAUCAAUUUAUUGUAAAAUAUGGACGAAAUUGAAAAGGAAAAAAUUGCGGCACUGCCGUCCCAAUUGCUGGUCACUACAAUAUGUCAUCCCAUGGAAUAUGCAAAAGUGUUGAUCCAACUAGGCUACGAACCAAUGCCUCCCCGCCGGUCUACAACACUUUUUGGACGUCCAGCGAUGGUAUUACCUAAUGUAUUUCAGUACAUCAAAUUCAUCAAGACCUCAGACGGCUUCUUUGGCUGCUACCGAGGCCUGUCAGCUCGAAUUUUAGGGCUCAUUGCAUCCAGUCAACUGACUUCAAAGGUAAUUUACGCUUGUGGUAUCAACCUUCCUGAAAUCAAUGACCCACCCAAUAUAGUGACCGAUGAAGAGCCUAAGUUGGAAGAUUACAUCAGGCUCGGUCGUCGGGACAUGAUUAUGCACACAGCUUCUGUUAUCGUAUCUUACCCAUUCCAUGUUGUUUCCAUCAGAAUGAUGGCCUCAUUCGUCGGCAAAGAGGAAGAUUACAGCUCAUUGAUUGGAGCAGUUGUAGCAAUCUACAGAGACGAUGGAAUCCGUGGUUUCUUUCAUGGAUUGAUUCCAAAAAUUUUGGCAGAUUUGUCAUGUGUAGCUGUCACUGGCAUAUUAGCCUACUAUGUCAACAAAUAUUUGGUCAAAACGAAGGACCUGAGAUAUUACACAGUCCCUCUGCUAACUUUCAUAACCAGCACAAUCACUUAUCCGCUGGUAGUGGUAUCGACUUGCAUGGCUGUUGCUGGGUCUAGCCUGAAAGCUGGCAACCCACCUUUGAUGCCUUCAUAUCCCAAUUGGCAGACUUGCUGGAGAGAUUUGCUGAGGAACAAGCAACACAAGCGUGGCUCAUCUUUAAUCUUUAGGUACUACAUAGCUCCGAUCGCAGCCAUGCAAAUCCAAUAAAGCCUAGAUAACCUAAUGAGAAAUGCAUUUACCUAUUUGGAUUUAUUUGCUAAGUGUUAUUCCACAAUCACCGUAGUCAGCCUCUUGUAGAGAGAAAUAUGUAAAGUGAAUGUAAAUAUUUUUAGUAUAAAUGGUGUAUCAUGUGGAUACUGUUUUUUUUUUGUUGAGUCGAGUUGUGGUUAUAUUAAUAAAUAUAUUUUCUUUGUCAA